UUUCCCCCUCCCUGGUAUCUCUCACUCACUGAGUCGGACAGAAAAGAAAGAAAGAAAAAAAAAAAAGCAAACAUGAGAGACACAGGAGAAGGAGGAGGCGACGGAGAUACAAACUGUAAAUCCGAGAAGGACCAGAGUUGGAUCCCCAAAAUCAUCAAGAAAAGAAUCUGCACCACCUUUGUAGAAGAUUCUUUCAGUAAUGGUGCGCUGUGCCAGUGUGGGGGUGUAAGAGAUACCCAUGCCUCUGUGGCUCUCGGUGACUAUUUCAGCACAGCAAUCGUCAACCACUGGGACAGCGCUCAGCACUCCUCUGAAUACCCGACUGACGCCUUUGGAGAGUUGCAGUUCGCAGGAGCCAGCAAAAGGCAUAGCUAUUUCCUGCGUCUGUCAUGGGACACACCCCCGUCUAUGGUCUACACCCUGAUGACAGCCCACUGGGGUCUGCCUGCGCCCAACCUGGUGGUUUCUGUUGUUGGUGGAGAAGGCAGGACAAAGGUGAAGACCUGGGUGCGGGAGGUCCUCAGGCAGGGUCUGGUAAAAGCCUCACAAAGCACAGGAGCGUGGAUCCUGACAACAGGCCUGCGUGAAGGUGUAGGGAGGUGUGUCGGCGAGGCAGUGAGGGAUCAUGCUACUGCGGCGUCCUCGGUCUCCCUCAACAAAGUGGUGGCGCUGGGCAUCGCUCCCUGGGGCCUCGUGCACAACAGACAGCAAUUGGUCAACCCUCAGGGCAGUUUCCCCGCUAAGUAUUUUGUCCAGAACACGUCCCGGGACUCCUGCUGCCUGGACAACAACUACCAGGCCUUCCUGCUGGUGGAUGAUGCGAGUGUGGGACGCAGAGGUGGCGAGACAGGCUUCAGGGCCAAACUGGAGGACUACAUCUCCCACCAGCGUACAGGCAUCUGGGGCAGUGGCAGCAUUGACAUCCCUGUCAUCUGUAUGCUGGUUUCAGGAGAAGCAAGCAUGCUGGAGAGAGUGGAUCUUUCUCUGAAAACCGCCAUGCCCUGGUUGGUGUUGGCUGGCUCAGGAGGCGUGGCUGACUUCUUAAGUGACAUCUUGGAUAACCUGUCAUCGGCCCCAGCAGUCCAGUCCUCCGGCGAGGGUGACAGUGAGGCGGGUCCCAGUGUCGAUCUGAAAGACAGAGUGGCAGAACGGGUUAAGAAGUACUUUCCUGCUGAAGCGGAGACAGAUAAACUUGUUGAACGGGCUCUAAGCAUUUACCAGAACAGAGACUUCAUUACAAUCUACCAUGGAGAGCAGGAAGGUCCGAAUGACUUCGAUACAGUCCUGCUCAAAGCUUUGGUGGGAGCUAGUAAGCAGCGUGCAUCAGUUGAUGCCAGUCCUUACAACGAAGAGCUGAAGCUAGCGGUCACCUGGAACAGAGUUGACAUUGCCAAGAGUGAACUUUUUAAUGGAGACAUCCAGUGGAGGUAUGAAGACUUGGAAGACUCCAUGACAGAUGCCCUGAUCAACGACAAGCCACAGUUUGUGCGCCUUUUCAUUGAGAACGGCCUGAAUAUCCUGGAAUACUUGACUUACAGCCGACUGGAGAAUCUCUACCGCUCCGUGGCUGACGGGACUCUUCUCUACCAGUUACUUCAGCGCCGUCUAGUGGAGCGACUUGGAACUCCAGUCUCUGUGCAGACACAUUCUCCCUCCAAAGAUGAGAACAUAAAGAGUGUGCCAGUGAGAGAAAUCAGCCUUUUUGAGGUGUCAGGGGUCCUCGAACUGUUAAUGGGUGACGUCUGCCAACCAUUCUACUAUGAUGCUUUGGACUUACAACAGACCUUGUCCAAAAGGAGGGCACUAAGGUGGGCCAGCAAGCUGCUGCGUGGAGACUGCUUGUAUCGAGAGAAACGCUGCCUCUUUCCCUGGGCCUCACUCUUCAUCUGGGCCGUCCUCCAGAACCGCAGCGAAAUGGCUACUUUCUUCUGGGAGAUGGCAGGGGAGUCGGUGCUGAGUGCUCUGAGUGGCUGUAAGAUGCUGAGGGAACUGUCUAAACUGGAGGUUGAGACUGAAACCAAACUUUCCAUGAAAGAGAUGGCCCAGAGGUUUGAGAACCUGGCACAUGAUGUCUUCAGCUCUUGCUAUCGGAGCAAUGAGAGUCGCUCUUUCACCCUGCUGAUCAGGAAAUCUCCGGUAUGGGGUGGUACCACCUGUCUCCAGAUGGGCAUGAGCGCUGAUGCACGACUUUUCUUCAGCCAUGAUGGAGUACAGUCUCUGUUGUCCCAGAUCUGGUGGGGUGACAUGAAGAGAAACACAGAGGUGUGGAAGCUCCUGCUCACCUUUUUCUGUCCUGUCCUCUGCUACACCAACCUCAUCUCCUUCAGAAAACAAGAUGACCAGCAGCAAGAGAACGAGGGGAAACCUAACGAGGAUGGAGUGGGCCGAGACAGCGACAGCCUCUACGGCACCACCAUCUUCUCUUUCUCAGACAUCAAGCACAUUGAAGCAGAUACACAAGGACCAAACACUCCCAGGACAGCUACAAUCAAAGGCAUACCAUACUCACCCAGACCACCCAAACGUCCGUUCAUAGUGUCGAGGUGGCGUCAGUUCUGGUUCGCACCCGUCACCGCAUUUCUGGGAAACGUCCUUAUGUACUUCCUGUUCCUCCUGCUUUUUGCCUAUGUGCUGUUGGUGGAUUUCAUGCCUCCACCGCCCUCUGGUCCGGCCAUAACGGAGUAUGUGCUCUACUUCUGGGUAUUCACCAUUGUGUGUGAGGAGAUCCGGGAGACGUUCUUUUUGGGGACGAUGACUUGGCGUCAGAGGAUCAGAGUGUACAUUCAGGAUGUUUGGAACAAGUGUGACCUCACUGCCAUUAUUCUGUUCAUCAUAGGACUUGUCUGCAGGAUGUUCAAAUGGUCAUAUGGAUUUGGCAGAGAUGUCCUAUGUGUGGACUACAUGGUGUUCACCCUUCGUCUCAUUCACAUCUUUGCCAUUCACAAACAGCUGGGACCCAAAAUCAUCAUUGUUGGCAAGAUGAUGAAGGAUGUCUUCUUCUUCCUCUUCUUCCUGGGUGUGUGGCUAAUGGCAUACGGAGUAGCCAACCAGGCUUUACUUUACUCCUAUGACCCCCAACUUGAUCGCAUCUUCCGGCGGGUUUUCUACAGGCCAUACUUGCACAUUUUUGGACAGAUCCCUGUAGAAGAGAUAGAUGUUGGGAAGACGUGGGACAUGCCGUGCACAACCAACGAGACACUGAUUCAGGGAGGUGCGGAGCCAUGCAGAACUCUGUAUAGUAACUGGCUGGUGGUAAUUCUGCUGGUCGUUUAUCUGCUGGUCACCAACAUACUGCUCAUCAAUCUGCUCAUCGCCAUGUUCAGCUACACCUUCAAUGAGGUGCAGGCGAACAGCGACAUCUACUGGAAGUUCCAGCGUUACAACCUAAUCGUUCAAUACCACUCCCGUCCCUCCCUGGCCCCACCCUUAAUCAUCUUCUCUCACAUCAACCUCUUCAUCAAGAGGACCAUCCGCAAGGUUCCCUCUGUCAAGAUUCACCACUUUGUGUUGCAGUUAAAAGGGAAAGCAGCUAACCGGCUAAUGACAUGGGAAACUAUUCAGAAGGAAGACUUCCUGACCACUCAGAGCAAGAUCCAGAAAAGUAGUGACUCAGAGAGGCUCAAACGGAUGUCUGUCAAAGUGGACGGUGUGGUGAAACAUCUGACUGAAACCAGAGACUUUGACCACAGGCUCAGGGCUUUGGAGACUGAGAUGGAGUAUUGCUCAAAUGCUCUCAGCUGGAUUGUGGAUACUUUGGCACAAGGCAGCACAUUCAAACCUCCACGGCCGCCACCAACAUUAAGAGAUGCAUUCCCUUCUUCAUCCAGUUCUGCUUGACACAGCCUCAUUGAUGCCUUCACUUGCUCAGGGUCAGUAAAAGACAAGAAUGAAGUGCUUUACCGUAGCUGCCUCCACCCCUCCCAUCCGUCAGUCUUACUGUUAACACUGGAUUCGUUUACCAAAUAGUCUCAGUAAGAGGAAGCCAUUAAUACUUGUUACAGUAUUGAGUAAAUGUAAAUGCUGAUUUUUGUUUAAGUGUGCAAUCUGAUACUCAAAUGCCAAAGACAAAUAUAUGUAUUUAUGAUGGUGCACAAUAUAUAUAUAUAUUAUGUAUUAUACAGGCCAAUGCUAUAAUGUCUUUAUUGCUGUAGUCAGAGCUGACAGACAAUUCUAUGUUUUAUAUAUUUUUUAAAUGUUUUUAAUGAUAUAUAGAUACUAUAAUAUUGUUUACAGGGGUUACAUUCGGUGCACAUUUUGUGGCUAAAUGGUUAAACACUAAAUGCUAAAUCUUGUCUUUGUGUUGCUAUUAUUUUAUUCUGUUCAUUAAAUUAUAUAAUGUAUAUUGA